AUGAUUUCUGUAUUUUCUUACCAUGUUCCUUCCUUUACUGAUUCCAGCUUAUUUUCUUACUAUAUUUCUUCCUUACUACUCAGCUGUCUUUUUUCUUAUUCCUUCAUUAUAAUUCCUCUGUAUUUUCUUACCAUAUUUUCCUUCCUUACUACUCAGCUGACAUUUUUACUAUGUUUCUUCCUUACUACUCAUUUUUUCUGUCUUUUUCUUACGCUUCAUUAUAAUUCCCUCUUAUUUUCUUACCAUGUUCCUUCCUUACUAGCUGACAUUUUUUACUAUGUUUUCUUCCUUACUACUCAGCUGUCUUUUUUCUUACGCUUUUAUGAUUCCUCUUAUUUUCUUACCAUAUUUCUUCCUUACUACUCAGCUGACAUUUUCUUACUAUGUUUUCUUCCUUACUACUCAGCUGUCUUUUUUCUUACGCUUCAUUAUAAUUUCCUCUUAUUUUCUUACCAUAUUCCUUCCUUACUACUCAGCUGA